UUCCUAAACUAAAUUGUUUCUGAACAAUAAGGGAGAACACAAUAAGGGAGAACAAUGGAGAAGAACAAAGUCUCAAGAGUUUGUGUUACAGGUGGUUCCGGAUAUAUUGGCUGUUGGCUAGUAAAAACGCUCCUAGAGAAGGGCCACACAGUCCAUGCCACUCUCAGAAACUUGGAGGAUGCAUCAAAAGUAGGCCUUCUGAAGUCUCUCCCCAAUGCAGACACCAAUUUGUUGCUGUUCAAAGCUGAUAUAUACGAUCCUAAUGAAUUCGAGCCUGCAAUUGAAGGGUGUGAGUUUGUUUUUCAUGUUGCAACUCCCAUGCAACAUGAUCCCCAAAACUCCCAGUACAAAGACACAGCUGAAGCUGCUGUUGCCGGGGUGAGAAGCAUUGCUGAUUCUUGCAUUCGAUCGCAGACAGUUAAGCGACUCAUCUACACUGCAAGCAUACUUUCUAUGUCCCCAAGAAAGGAUGAUGGAGUUGGAUUCAGACCCUUACUUGAUGAGUCGUGUUGGACACCACUUGAUGCCUCAUCUACUUAUGGCAAUGCUAUCACGAUGGGGUACAUUAAAUCAAAGACCUUAGCUGAGAAAGCAGUGCUGAGCCACAAUGACUUUGAUGAUGGUAAAUUAGAAGUGGUAACUCUUCCUUGUGGCUUAGUGGGAGGAGAAAGUCUUCUUUCAUAUUUGCCUACAAGUGUGGGAGUGAUUCUGGCACAACUUACUGGGGACUUGUUUUCUUGCAAUGCCUUAAAAUUAAUGCAAGAAUUUAUGGGAUCAGUUCCUCUGGUGCACAUUGAUGAUGUUUGCCAAGCACAUAUCUUCUGCAUGGAACAGCCAUCAAUGAAAGGCAGAUUCUGUUGUGCAGUUGCCUGUCACUCUAUCAAAGAAAUUGCAAUAUACUUCCAAGAAACUUACCCAGAAUACAAGAUACAAAAAAAAUUGACCGAAGGGCCUGAAGAAGGAAGCCAAAGUGAUUUCAGUAAGCUGAAGAAGAUGGGCUUUGAGUAUAAGUAUGGCAUGAAGGACAUACUAGAUGACAGUGUAACAUGGGCAAAGAAGUUAAAUGGGAGCUCUCUUUCUCAAGUAGUUUAAUUUGUGUUUGUUGCUAUAUUAUGCGGGGAAUCCCGGGGAUAUGUACAAGCUUGUAGCCUUGUAGCAAAGUAUUUAAUAAACCUAUUUAGCAUGUAUCAUCACUAACAAUCGAGUGACGAGGAUGAAUGUAGUUUAAUUUCAUCAA